AUGCACUGCAGAGCUUACCUCUUGCUGGAAAGGGACUUCAACGAAUUGAAGCAGAACAAUUUUAAGGGUAUUACUGCCUUGCCUGUAAGUGAAGAUCUGAUGAAAUGGGAAGCCGAAAUUGAAGGUUUACAGAAUUCAAUUUGGAAAGGAUUAGUCUUCCAACUGACAAUAAAUUUUACACGGGAGUACAACUGUGUCCCUCCAGUUGUGAAAUUUAUAACAAUUCCUUUUCAUCCAAAUGUAGACCCACAUACUGGUCAGCCCUGUAUAGAUUUUUUGGACAACGCUGACAAGUGGAAUAAAAGGUAUACACUGAGCAGCAUCUUACUUGCCCUACAGGUUAUGCUUUCUAAUCCAGUGCUAGAGAAUCCAGUGAAUUUGGAUGCAGCCCGGAUACUGAUGAGCGAUGAAUCUAUGUACAAAUUAUUAGCUCUAAAACUCUGCAACGGGUCAUUACAAUUGGAAGAUAACAGCCUACAGUUAACCAAAGACCCACAUAAAUUUAUCAAAGCAAUUAAAGUAGUCUCAUUUAACGAUUACUACAAGACAUGGUCUGGAAUAGCUACCUCAAAAGCCACAGAAUACUACAGAACUCCAUUGCUUGAAGAUCCAAAAUUCAUUGGACAGUAUUAUAAAUGGAAGAAAAUGGAUCUACAGUAUCCUAAAGAAUGGAAUUUAAAGUAA